GGGGGCGCGUCGGCGUCGGGCUUCGCCGGUUGCCCGGAGAACCCGUGACAACAAAAGGCGCGGGCGGCGGCGGAGGAGGCGGCGGCGGCGGCGCGGAGGAGGGAAACCGAGGAGUUCUGCGCUGCGCUCGCCGCCGGAGACCGGCUUUCUCUGGCCGGAGUCCAGAUCUUAUGUAAAAUGGAUGGCUCUCACACUAGACACUGAAUGUUAAGUAGAAAAUCUGUUUAGCAAAAUCUAAGCUGCCAUGGAGGAAAUACCAGUAAAAGUUGCUGUAAGAAUUAGACCUCUGCUAUGCAAAGAAGUUCUUCAUAAUCAUCAAGUUUGUGUGAGAGUUAUUCCAAACACCCAGCAAAUUAUCAUUGGGAGAGAUAGAGUCUUUACUUUUGACUUUGUUUUUGGCAAAAGUUCCACUCAAGAUGAAGUUUAUAAUACGUGCAUAAAGCCACUAGUGUUAUCACUCAUUGAAGGCUAUAAUGUAACUGUUUUUGCCUAUGGACAAACUGGAUCUGGGAAGACAUACACCAUCGGAGGAGGCCAUGUUGCUUCAGUUGUAGAUGGUCAAAAGGGUAUCAUUCCUCGAGCUAUCCAAGAAAUAUUUCAAAACAUCUCAGAAAAUCCUAGCACUGACUUUAAAAUAAAAGUUUCUUAUAUAGAAGUAUAUAAGGAAGAACUAAGAGAUCUUCUAGAAUUGGAGACAUCUGUGAAGGAUCUUCACAUCCGAGAAGAUGAAAAAGGAAACACAGUGAUUGUCGGGGCCAAGGAAUGCCUGGUGGAGAGUGCAGAUGAAGUGAUGAGCCUCCUGGAGAUGGGGAAUGCAGCCAGGCGUACAGGUACCACCCAAAUGAAUGAAUACUCCAGUCGAUCACAUGCAAUUUUUACAAUCAGCAUUUGUCAAGUUGAAAAAAAUACAGAGGCAGCUAAAGAUGGACCAUGGUCUUCCCGUCGGCAAAUUGUCUCAAAGUUCCACUUUGUGGAUUUGGCUGGAUCAGAAAGAGCAACGAAAACAGGGAAUACUGGCGAACGGUUCAAAGAAUCCAUUCAGAUCAACAGUGGGUUGCUGGCUUUAGGAAAUGUAAUAAGUGCCCUUGGGGACCCACGCAGAAAGAGUUCACAUAUUCCAUAUAGGGAUGCUAAAAUUACCCGGCUUCUGAAAGAUUCCCUGGGAGGCACUGCCAAGACUGUCAUGAUCACUUGUGUCAGCCCAUCUUCCUCGAAUUUUGAUGAAUCCUUAAAUUCUCUCAAAUAUGCCAAUAGAGCACGCAACAUCAGGAACAAACCCACCUUAAACUUCAGCCCCGAGUCAGACCGGAUGGAUGAAAUGGAAUUUGAGAUUAAGUUGCUUCGAGAAGCUUUGCGAAGUCAGCAGGCUGGUAAUAUUAGCCAAACCAGCCAGAUCCAUCGAGAGGGGACUCCUGAUAACAGGAUCAUUUUUCUUGAGGAACAAGUAGCUCAGCUCCAAGGAGAAUGUCUGGGUUACCAACAUUGUGUAGAGGAAGCCUUCAGCCUCCUGGUGGAGUUAAAAGAUACUGUCAGUCUAAACCAAAAUCAGCAACAGAAGCUGCAGGAGUGGUUUAACAUGACCCAGGAGGUCAGGAAGGCAAUUCCCAGCUCAUUCAGAGGAAGCCAAGGCAUUAGAAACCUGGAAGAAGGAACACAGCAUAUUAGAGUUAACCAAUUGAAGCGAGAGCUGAAGAAAUGCCAGAAUGAAAAAAUCAUAGAACAACAACUUCUUCUGGAUCACCUGAGUGGAGAACCAACAAAACUUAACCUGUCAAUGACUUCUUCAGCUAAGGAAAUUUGUGGAGAUGGCCCAGAUGCCAGGAUACCAGAAAAGAGACCAUAUACUGUACCGUUUGAUGCUCGUUUGGGACGUUAUAUUUAUAUCCCAGAAAGAUCAGAUGCCAGGAAGGUCUACACAAGCCCUUCUAUGUACUCUCUGGAUCGAGUAGUGGCUGGAUUUCGAACACGAAGUCAGAUCCUGCUGGGUCACAUAGAAGAACAAGAUGAAGUCCUCCACUGCCAAUUUUCUGAUAACAGUGAUGAUGAAGAAUCAGAAGGCCAAGAGAAAUCUGAAAUUAGACAUAAAAAUCACUCAUGGAUUCAGAAGCCAGGCUCUGUUUGUUCUCUUAUUGAAUUGAAUGAUAUUCAUGAUCAAACACAAAAGUCAAGUUUGGGGAAUGAAGAUUUAAAGAUUGAAUGUCUUCAGGAGAGUCAAGAGUUGAAUUUGCAAAAACUAAAGCAUUCAGAACUCAUACUUACUGAAGCUAAACAAAAAAUAAGAGAACUUACAAUUAACAUCAAUAUGAAAGAAGAUCUGAUUAAAGAAUUAGUGAAAACAGGUAAUGAUGCCAAGUCUGUAAGCAAACAGUAUUCUCUGAAAGUAACAAAAUUUGCCCACGAAGCAGAACAGGCAAAAGUGGAAUUAAUUGAGACAGAAAAGCAGCUACAGGAACUGGAAAACAAAGAUCUGUCUGAUGUUGCUUUGAAAGUAAAAUUACAGAGGGAGUUCCGUAAAAAGAUGGAUGCCGCAAAGCUGAAAAUCCAGGUCUUACAGAAGAAGCAACAAAAUAGUAAGAAGUUGGCAUCACUUUCAAUCCAAAAUGAGAAACGUGCUAAUGAAUUAGAGCAGAGUGUAGAUCACAUGAAAUAUCAAAAGGUACAGCUGCAAAAGAGACUUCGAGAAGAAAAUGAAAAAAGGAAGCUAUUGGAUACAGAAAUUCAGCGGGAUCAACAAAAAAUCAAAGAAUUAAAGUUAAAAACAGAACUGGAAGAAGGUCUGAUACUGAAAGCUGAGGACCUAGAUGCAUUUAAGAUGGAAAGAAGAAAAGGUUUGUUUGGAAGUAUAGACCAACUCCAGAAAUUGGAUGAGCAAAAGAAAUGGUUAGAUGAAGAAGUAGAGAAAGUUCUGAACCAACGCCAAGAAUUAGAGGAGCUGGAAGAAGAUCUGAAGAAGCGGGAGGCCAUAGUUUCUAAGAAGGAGGCCCUGUUACAGGAGAAGAGCUACCUGGAAAAUAAGAAGUUGAGAUCUAGUCAGGCCUUAACCACAGAUAGUUUGAAAAUAUCAACUCGCCUGAACUUGCUGGACCAAGAGUUGUCCAAAAAGAAUGUGCAGCUCCAGAGCAGCACAACUGAGGAAAAAAUAAAGAUUUCAGAACAAGUUCAAGCCCUCCAGAAAGAAAAAAAUCAGCUACAGAGACGAAGAAACAGUGUGGAAGAGAAACUUAAAAAUGGUAGCAUGUUAUCACCUGAAGAAGAACAUGCUCUUUUCCAACUUGAAGAAGGGAUUGAAGCUUUGGAAGCUGCAAUUGAGUACAAGAAUGAAAGUAUCCAAAGUCGCCAGAACUCGCUCAGAGUUUCAUUUCAAAACCUUUCUCAUAGUGAAGCAAACAUCUUGGAAAAACUAAUUGGCCUGAAUCCUACUGAGAUUAGAGCUAUCCUUUUCAGAUAUUUCAAUAAGGUGGUUAAUUUGCGAGAAACUGAGCGAAAACUCCAGUUACAGAAUAAAGAAAUGAAAAUGAAAAUCCUGGAACGGGAUAAUAUGUUUCGUGAAUUGGAAUCUGCGCUGGAACAUCUGAAAUUGCAAUGUGACCGGAGACUGACCUUCCAACAAAAGGAACAUGAGCAAAAAAUGCAGUUGCUGUUACAUCAUUUCGCAGAGCAAGAUGGCGAAGGCAUUAUGGAAACUUUAAAAUCAUAUGAAGAUAAAAUCCAACAGCUGGAAAAAGAUCUUUAUUUCUAUAAGAAAACCAGUAGAGAUCUUAAGAAGAAACUUAAGGAACUGUUAGGGGAAGCAGUUCGAAGGCCACCGGUACCAUCUGAACAUCAUGAUGCUGGAGAUGAAGUUCUGAACCCAGAAGAAGCAAGCAUGGUUUCAGAAGAAUUAAAAUGGGCAUCCAGAACUGAAAGUAUGAAAUUAAGUGGAAGGGAAAGAGAAUUAGAUAGUUCAGCAAGCAGCUCAAGAAAACAAACAAAUUCUCAGAAGCUCUGGGAAGACAGCCCUGAAUUACCUCCAAUUUAUAGCUCUUUAGCACCCACUAGAGGGCAUUUGUUAAACGACGAGGAUAAAACAGACAUAGAUGACAAUCAGUUUACAAAACCUCACAGUCAACCACCACCUCAAAUUCAGCCAAUGGGAAAUGUGGGACAGAUUCAUGGUGUCAUGCCUGUAAAAUUGUGUCGCAAAGAGUUACGUCAGAUUUCUGCCUUGGAACUAAAAUUACGAAGGUCCAGUCUUGGAGUUGGGGCUGGUUCUAUGACUGCCGAUUCCAUUGAAAUAGCUAGGAAACCGAAUGACUUAAAAACUUAGGCAGUUAUUAAUAGAACUUUUAAUUUACUUUUCCAUAAUAACCAAACACACAUUUGGAACAUUGACAGUAAUGGAACAUUUAAAUAUUUCCACUUAUAAAUUCGUCUAAAAUUCUUUUCCAGGCUUAUUUGAAGAACAAGACAAAGAGUAGAAUAAUAAACUGUAUAUUAAUCAAAUUUAUAUUAUUAUAUAAUAUAAAAGUAUAUUAUGUAUGUUAUAAUGCAAUAAUUUUAUCUUACGUUUGUUAUUGUUAUUUUCAAAUACAAGUAUAUUUUUGUUAUUUUAAAAAGAUCCAGUUAAAGAUAGCUUAUGUCAGAGGGAAAGUCACCUACUCUACAUGUAUUGACACAGCUAAAAACCUAUGCCAAAAUGUAGUCUGUGGGCUAAAGCAACUGGCUAGGUUUGUGGAUUAAGGUUAAUUUAUGGUCCUAGAACCCACAAAGGUUGAGUGAUCUUGAUUUUUUUAAACAUGGCUUCUGUUCUUUUUUUGAAAUUGUAUUUAGAAUGUUAUAAUAUUGGUUUGAUAAUAUUAUAGAAUGUAAGUUUUCAUUUCUUUUCUGCCCUAUCUAUUCGACAUCUUUCUCUUUAUGCUACUAAAAAUGGGAGAAAUGAGUGCAGUUCUAUGGAACAGGGAAGCAAUAAUAGAAUAACACUAAAGCAUUCUAACAUUUCAAGGAAAAUAUAUCUGGUCACAUGGAAUCUAUAUGUAUAAAACCCUAAGUGGCCGGUAGACUGUUUGACCAGUCGCUAUGACACACAUUGAUCACCAAGGGGCAGAUGCUCAAUGCAGGAACUGCCCCCUGGUGGUCACUGCAUUCCCACAGCUGACUGACAUGAGCCAGAUGCCCGGCUCGUGAUUGGCAAGCACAGCUAUGGCGGCACAAGACUCUUCUGCCUCCGCUACAGUGCUUCCCAGCGGUGGCAGGUUCAGUGGGGCUUGGAUAAGCAGAAGUGGCGUGGUGCCGGCCUGGGCUUGGACGCCUCCCCGGCUGCCUGCCGCUUUGCACUCCACUACAUCCUCAGGGGUUGUUGGACUGGCGAUUUCUGUCCCAUCCCCGCAGGCCAGGUUAUCGGGCCGAAACUGGCAGUCCAACAUUCCCUGAGGGGUCCCAGAUUGCCAGGCUGGGAGACCCACAUGUGCAGGAAUCUGUGCACCAGGCCUCUAAUACACCUAUAAAGCUUGACGUCGAGCCAGAGGAUCUUUAAUAAUAUGAUGCACUUCAUCUGAGAAUUUUCUCUAUAACCUGUUUAGUCAGGCUUUGCACCCAGACAGGCCAGACUACAUUUGGGCUGUAAGUAAGUAAAUGAAAAAUUUUCAAUAGUUUUUGUCUAAACCUUAUUAUAUAACAACAUAAUUUGGGAUUAAUAACUAAAUAGUGAUUUGCCCAACAUAAUACAGUUUUUACUUUUGCACUAUAUUUUUCAAUCAUAGAAAAUAUUCCUUUAUAAUGACCAGAGAGAUUUUUUUUAAAACUUAUAUUGUGAUUUUUAUUACUUUUUCAAAGUCUCACUUGAAGUUGUUGGUCAAAUUAAUUCAUGUCUGGUGGGAUGGUAGCAAAAACACCCUUAUAGAUGCCUACUCAGUGAGCCACUCACUUCCUUGCUGACUUGAUUUUUUCUUAUCUGAUGCUGCUACUAUUUUUUUCUUUUGCCCCUUUCUCUGUUGCUACUGAGCCUGACCACCUUACCUAAGACCCAAACUAUUACCAGUGCUCAAAGACUUACGGUUUCUUUUUUUUAAGUUUCUAGCCACUAGGUAGUAGGGUUCCAUGGUCCCACAACUAUAGGAAAAGGAAACCAAACCAAUAUAAACUUCUAAAUUGGUGAAUAAUUUAUAUAUCUCUUAAGCAUGGUACUAAAAUUCACUUAAAUUAUGGGUUAAAUAAACUUCUGUGGACUUAACUGGGAAAUGAACUACAGUUAAUAACACUGGCCCAAUGAGAAACUGCUUCAAACAAUUAAUUUAUAAACUAUCUUGGAAAUUUUGUUUUUAACAGACUAUUUGAAGGCAGAUUCUGGUUUUGAGCCUCCUUUUGUCUUUGUUUUAUAUGACAUAUAUUUAAUGUGUAUCCUAUGUAAUGUAUAUAUAGAUUGAUAAUGGCAAAAGCCAGUGCCUUAACAAAGCAUAGCAAUUAUAUAUUAACUAGAGGCUCAGUGCACAAAUUUGUGCACAGGUGGGAUCUGGUUGGCCUGCCUUGAUUGUGGUCGAACAGUCCAGGCCAGCCAGGGGGAGGGGCUGUCAGCAGUUGGCUGGCUAGCCCCAUCCCCUGGUCAAACUCCUGGUUGAACUCCCAGUUGAAUCCCAGUCAAGGGGACAAUUUAUAUAUUAGACUUUUAUUAUAUAGGAUAAAUAUAUAUUUAUUAAUGAAGGUCCCAAUUUUAAAUAAUUUAGAAAUCAUGUAAGAAUGAUACUGGAAUCCUGCUUGCCCAAGAAAUUGACACAUAUUUGUUUUAUCUGUGGCAAUAUAAAUACAUUUUCUGAAAGCCAACUCAAAAGAUUUAUCCAACCAACAGUGAUUAGAUUUGAUAUUGCAAAUGUGAACUGACUUCUAAAUAUCCGAGGUACAGGUUUUUCCUUCCUCCAGUUAAACAUAUAUCCUUUAUAUGCUAUAUACAUACACAUAUAAAUAAUAUCCUGAAUAAUAUAUUCUGAAGUGAAACUCUUGUCAUUUUAGUUUAGUUAGUGCCCUCACAAAGAAAAACUAACGCAUCUGCUCAAGGCAAGUAAAAUUGUUUUUUACAUACAGUACUAAUAGUUUUACUUUGUAUUUCACAUGAUUUCUUUAGUCUAAACAUUUUGUCAUUGUGUUUGCCUUUUUGCAUGUAUAUAAAAUGUUUAUGGUUUUCUUAUUUUUGUUCAUUUUGGGUCCCCCACCCCCACUCAUACCAGAGCCUUUGAAAGAAGACAUGUCUACAUCCAAAAAAUACUAGUUCCUUUCCUAUGUCGAGUGUUAUAGGUAACAGUGUUGGGGAAUUCUGUAGGUAUAGGUAGCUAUGGCCAUAACAACAUCAAUAAAGAUGCUUUUGUGCUUUAGUUUUUCUUUUGCUAAUUUUUUUCUUUUUCUUUUUUGGUCCCAUGGUUCUUGUUAUCUUUAGGAACUCAGGGUCCAAUGUGUCAGCUAAAAUACACACGGACUUCACUAAGUGGACUUAAUUUUCACUAGCCAAUUGGCUUUUUUGUCCAGGUCAAUAAAGUGAUAAAUCCUUAUUCAACAAUGUGUGUCUUAUAUGAAACACACACACACACACAGGUCUUAUGCUAAGUAUUAGAAUGAAAUGUCCAGGAGUCAAAUCCUCAGUGGUUCUAUAGUCCACACAAAUUCUUAUGCAUUAAAUGCAAGUGUGACAUAUUUUGCUCUUUCAGACAUUUUCCUAGGCACAUACUUGUGACUUUAAAUCACUGGAGUAUCCAUAUCUGAAUGUUCAAUGUCUAUAAUAUCUGUAAGCUCAUGUCCACAAUUCUUAACUUCACUGGAAUUUU